AUAUACCACGACGACGGUGAUAAAGAGAAGAAACCAUGAAAAUAAAUCGGUGGAAUAAAGGAGCGCGUCGGCAACUCUGCAGCAGCCAAUGGCGUUCGCCGACGAUGUUGUUGUUGGACUUUUGAAAUCUGGAGGAGAGUCAUGGCGUAGCAUCAAUGUCAAAAGUGUAAAAAUUGAUAAAGGGGACAGGUAUUCACAAUGAGCUGGUUCAGCUCAUCAUCAGAAUGGAAGCAGAAUCUGUCAUCGUCUGCCCUGAGUAAAGUGGAGGAGCUGGAGGACAAGGUGGAGAAACUUCAGAAGGAAAAAUUGCAGAAACAGAAUCAAUUGGAUACCCUCCAGCAGGCAUUAGAAAAGCAGAAAAGAAAGUCAGAAGAUGGCAUUAAGGAAAGGCAAGUCCUUCAGAAGGAGAUUGAACAGCUGUCUCACAGCUGUGAACAACUUCAGCUCCAGUUACAAAAAGGACAGCAUGACCACGCCACCUCCAGCAUAACGAUGAUGCCACCCCCGAGACCUGCAGUCUCCCAAGAUCAGACUUCCUUACAAGCAGAAUUAGAAUCCCUUCGUGGAAAAAUUGAGGUCCUAGAACGAGAAAGGAAUGAGUUGCAGUCAGAUUUAAAAGAAGCUAAGUGUCAGAGGGGCAGAUCAUCUUCUGUUAGUAAUGAUUCUGAUAGUUUCUGGGGAAGCUUUGGCGACAGUAGCAUCCGUCCCCUUCAGCGGUCAGGCAUUAAAACUCCUGUUAAAAAAGCCUUGGAGACAAGUGAAGGAAAUCCUUUCAAGGUUCCAGUCUUGUCCAAGAAUGAUCCAGAUGAAAGUCCUUUCAAAAUGCCUCGGAAGCAGCUGUCCAUGUCUUCUUUACCAACAACUGUGUCUGGUGCCUCUGAUGAAUACACCAAACAGCUGGAGAGAAUGGUAGAUCAGUACAAAAAGGAAAUGGAAGAUAGUGCCCAGCUACAAGAGGAAAAUGGGAAGCUUCGAAAGGAACUGAGCUCACUUAAGACGACCUUGGAGAAAGCCAAGAGUGACUUGGCGGCAUCUGAGAGAUCAUUAGCAUCCAUUUCUGAACAGAUGUUGAGCUUUAAAUCUUUGUGUGAAGAGAGUGCUCAAAAGGUGGAACAGACAGAACAGCGUUUACGUGCAGUUCAGAGUGAAUCAGAAUGUCAGAGGCACAACAGCGAGGCAGCUCGUAAAAGUCUUGAGGAAAAGCUCAAAGACAAAGAGAAGGAACAUAAUGCCGACUUGUCUCGCGCCCAGGCUGAUAUGGCUGGUCUUGAGAAGCAAGUUAGAGAUUUACAGACUAAGAUCCAGCAGUUGGAAGCACAUGGCCGAAAUACUCAGAAUUCUAUGCAGGCAUCGUUAGACAAAGCUCUUGCUCAGGUGGCCAGCGUUGAAAAAGAACGCAAUGCAGCCAGGUGCAGGAGUGGCCAGUUGGAAGCAGAAGUGACAAAAUUAGAAAAAGCAGCUGAAGAAGCUGCCAAGACUCUCAAUCAACUCAAACAAGAUAAGGAAAUGUUAACUUCUCAGGUGUCAGGACUAAAAGUGAAGCUUAACAGUGCCGAAUCUGAUGUAGGCAAGUUAACGUCCCGGCUGGAAUCUGCCGAACAGCAGGCCGAGAGUCGAAAGCUGUUGCUGGAGGAACUGCAGUCAGAAAAGGAAAAGGCAGUGAAGGAAGCAGAAAAUUCAGCUUCAAAGUUAUCGCAAGAAAUACUGGAGCUCAAGACACAGAAUACAGCUCUCACAGGGGAACGAGAUCGACUAAAGUCAGAAAUUGAAUCUACCAUUAAGAAAUGUGAUGAUAAGUUAGCUGGUAUCAAUGCCAUGGAAGCUGAAGUUGUUUCUAUGAAAGCUGAAGUUGAGAGGACGAAUGCGGAAAUGGAAUCCCUGCGGAAUCAGACAGCCACAGCAAUAGAAGCAGCCAAAACGGAAGCCACUGCUUCUGUGGAGAAGAUUAAAGAAGAAGCAAAAGAACAGGUAUCUGAGGCAGAGACGCGGGCCUCAACGGCAGAAGAGGAGUCUCGUGAAUCUAAGGAAAAAGAAGAGGUGGCACGUGGGGAAAAACUUGCUGCAGAGUUGACAGCUUGGCAGUUGGAGGGGACCAUAGAUAAACUGAAGGAGGAGAUGAAGCAAAAACUAGAGGAAACUCAAUCACUACAAACUAAAAUUUCAGCUAAGGAAGAAAACAUCUUAAUGCUUCAAGCCACUGUGGAUAGUCAGAUUGAAUCUAUUUCUAGUCUUGAAGCUCAGAUAGCAUCUCUUCAGAAAGAGAAGUCUGAUCUAGAAUCACAGUACAACUUGCAGGAGAAAAGACAUUCUGAAACUAUAUCCAACCUCAAUAGGAAUGUUAAGACGAUGGAAGAGAUACUUGCUGAAAAGGGUGAUGAAAUUUUAAAGCUGUCCACAACAGUGACCAGUAUGACUGAAUCUGUUAACAGUCUUGAGGCUCAACUUGCUUCUGUUGAGAGAGAGAAAACAGACUUGGAAAGUAAAUUUAGCUUGUCAGAAGAGGAACUGAAGAAGGCUAUAGCUGAUCUUACUAAUAAUGGCGAGGCAUUGGGAGAAAUGCUGAAGCACAAGUCAGAAGAAAUUUUGCAGCUGUCAGACUCUGUGAGCAAAAAGAAAGAAUUUAUUGUUCAUCUAGAAACACAACUCACCUUACUUCAGGAGGAGAAAACAGAACUCGAAGCCAAGCACAGCUUGUCAGAGAGUAAGCUGAACGAAACCAUAACUUCUCUCAGCAGUCAGGUUGCAAAUUUAGAAGAAUCUCUUGCUGAAAAAUGCCGUGAGAGUGAGGAGUUGGGUAAUAAAUUGCAAGGAGCUGUAUCUGAAUGCAACAGUCUUAAAAAGCAGGUGGACAAGAUCAAAAUGGAAUCAAAAGCAAAGAUUGGCACCUUAGAGAGUUCUUUGGAGAAAGCAGCAUCAGAGUUACAACUUACACAACAGCAAGUAGCAGAUCUGAGAAAAGAUUGUAAGGCCCUGGAAGAUCUAGGUCUUAGCAAAGAGAAAGAAUAUAUUGAGAAGGUAACAAACUACAAUGAAGUUAUACAAGGUCAAAAAGAAAUACUUGAUGAAAAUAAGAUGAAAAUAGAGGAUCUCUGUCUUAAGCUCUCAGAGAAGAAUACUGAAAAUGAAAUGCUUCAGGAAGAGUGCCAGAUGAUUAAAUCGGAUAAUGAAGAACAGAUGGCAAUGUUGAAAGGGCACCUGGAGACUGCUGAGACUUUGAAUGCUGCAUUAAAGUCACAGGUUGAUGAUCUUGAGGUAAAAGUGACUCACCUCAGUGACAGUUACAAGAAGGAAUGCGAAAAAUUAUGUAAAGAAAAACUGAACUUGGAAGAAACAGUCCAGAAUUUGAGGAUGAAGUUGAGUAAUUUAGAAGGUGAAAAUGCAUCUGUGUUUGCCAAGUUGCAAGAAGCCCAUGCAAGAGAAAAUAUUACAUCUUUAGAACUUGAAAGCAGGGCAGAAGAGUUAAAUAAAUCACGUGCGUCAGUAUUGAGUUUGGAAGCAGACCUCAUGAAGAAAGAAGCUGAUGUAUCAGAGAUGAGGAGUAAAAUUGAACAGCUGCAAAACACCAUAGAAACGCUUUCUCGAGAGCUUGAUGAAAUGAAGAAUCAGUACAGUUCUGUCUCAGAAACCCUGAAAGAGAAGGAAGUGGAUUUGAGUCAAGCCUCAAACAGUGAAGAAUUGCUGAGGAAGGAACUUAGAGAAGCCAAAGAUACCUGCGACUCUGCCAACAUCCGCAUCCAAGAGUUGCAAGAGACCAUUGUUAAAAAAUCUCAAGAAUUGUGUCAGCUGGAAAUGGCAUCUGAGGAUUUAGAGGAUGCUCAAGAUGAACUCCUGGGUCUUAGAAAAAAUGUUGAGGAAAUGGAAGGCAAACAUAACGAGGUCUGUCAAGAACUUUUGAGGACAAAGGAAGAGCUUUCUUUGAGGAACGAUGAAUGUACAAAACUCAGGAGCAGUUUAGAAGAAGUGGUCAAUAAAAAUGACAAAAUUGUUGCUUAUGUGAAAGAAGGUAACGAUCUGUUGAACCAAAAGAAUAGCUGUUUAGAAACUUCUCUCAGAGACACCAAAGAGAAGUUGGAAAGGGCUAUGGGGGAUCAUGCAGAAUUGAGAGCUGAGUUAGAGACCAAAAUAAAGGAGAAUCUUGCCUUCACUGAAGAUUUGAAAGUAAAGUGUAAUGAGUUGUCAUCUGUAAAAGGUCGUUUGGAAGAUGCUGUAAAUCGACUGAAAUUAGAAAAACUAUCAAUUGAAGAAGAUUGUUCUGCAAAACAGGUUGCCAUAGACCAGCUUCAAAUAGAGUUACAAGUUGCUGGCAAAGAAAUGAAGAACCUACAGUUCCAACAUGAUCAGUUAAGGACUUGCCAGGGAGCCUUGCAGGAGGAAGUACACCGGUUAGAAAGCAUUGUAGAAAAUGGAAAGAUUUCACUGGCUACAGCACAGUCACAUAUUGUUGAGCUGACGCAGCAAAUUGUAGAACUUAGGAUGGCAAAGGAAGAGGCUGAAAAGCUCCUGAAAGAACACCAGGUUAAAGCUGAUGAUGUUAUAGAUCAACUUAAGAAUGACUUGAUCAAUGCUGCAAACAUUCAAGAGGAAAAUGUCACACUCAGGAAACAGUUGGAGAAAUUAUCGCGUGCUGGUGAUAAUAUCGCCUCAACCUUGGGCUUCAAGGAAGAGCAGGUGCCAUCGGAGAGUGGACACGCCCAUGAAACUGAAGGCAAGGAUGAAGUCAUUACGGAAGUUGUAAGGUCUCUAGGAGAAGGUGGGAGUACUGAAGAAAAAUACAAACUUCUUGAAGAUCAGUACAACAGUUUGCAGAGAGAUUUCACCUCUUUCCAAACUCAGGUCAGGUUGAAAGAAGACAAUAAAGAUCAUUCAAACAAGAAUGAAGAGCUAGCCCUCCUCAACCUGGAAAUCAGUGCUAAGAUUGACGAACUGAAUGCAAAGAAUGACAUCCUUAACAGCAAGAACGAUGAACUCAUAUCCAUAGUGGAAGAUCUUAGGAGUCAGAAUAGUGGUUUAAUGGCACAAAAUGAUGAGCUCACUUCCGAAAAUGAGAUGCUCUUGAAACAGGCAAAUUCACUCAGUGAAGAGAAUGAAGGUCUCAAGAUGAUGCAACAGGAGCUCAGUGAUACUGUGGAUGCUUUGUCUAAGAGGCUCGAAGAUCUGAUAUCUGGGAAUAAGGAGUUGGUAGCUAGAAAUGCAGACCUUGUCCUUGAAAAUGAGAAGGCCUUGGCCGAAAAAGAAAGUGCUAUUUUGGCGCUGAAAGAGGUGAAACCUUUCAAGGUUGAGGCAGAAGUAAACGACUUGAAGGAAAUGCUGGAUUUGGCGGAGCAGGAGAAAAUUACUCUUAAAGAUGAGUGUCAGACUUUAUCACAAACCCUUGAAGAACUAAAGGCAGAAUAUGAAUCUCUGCAUGAAGAAAAGAUCAAGGUUUCAGAGUGCAUGCAUGAAUUAUCAGGUAGAAUGGACUCCUUAAUUGCUGAGAAUGUUGCCUUGUUGAAUGAAGUAAAAACAUUGAAAGAAUUCCAUGGAGCACAGGAAGAGCUGUGUCAGUCUUUGGAUACAAGUCAUGAAAUUCAGAAAUUAGACUGUGACUCCUUAACUAGGGAAAAGAUGGAACCUGCCCAACAAAUCCAAAAUCUAUCUUCUGAAACAGAAGCUGUGGUUGAGUUGGAAAGAGUGAAAAAGGAGAACGCAGUUCUAGAUGAAAGAUGUCAGGUAUUGGAUGCAAUGCAGGAGAAACACAAAAGAGAGUAUGAAUCCUUGGUGCAGGAAAAGAUGAGACUCUUGGGGGACAUACAAGAAAAGGUCACAGAGAUUUGCCUUCAUGUAACUGAGAAAGAGGAGCUUUUAAAACGGAUAAAAAAUGUUGAGAAGGAGAAUGAAGCUCUUAAAGAGAGAGAAGUUGCCUUAAGCCAAGCCCGUGAUAAACUUGAGUCAGAAUGUGAAAUGUUAAUCACAGAGAAAACAGAAGUUUUAAAGGAUUUAGAUGAAUGCUUAAAAAAUGCACAAAGACUUUCUUCUACAAAUGAAAAAGACUUGAUUGAGAUAAACAAAAUAAAAGAAGAAAAUGGAAUUCUUGAAGAGAAAAAUCAGUCUUUAAAUGCAAGAUGUGAAGAACUUCAGGUGGACUAUAACUUGGUUGUUAUUGAAAAAACUGAACUCUUAAAUAAAAUGGAAGACAACGUCAAGAGCAUGAAAAGUGUUCUAACUGAGAAAGAAGAGCUUUUGGAUAAGGUUCAGAAAGGUAGGGAACAAAAUGAAGCCUUGGAAGAGAAGUUUUGUAUUUUGAAUGAAUCUUGUGAAAAGCUGAAAGUGGAUUAUGCAUCAUUGGUUAUUGAGAAAGCAGAUCUUGUCAAAGAUAUUCAACUUCAGAAAGAGGAGACUAAGGCUCUUUCAGCAGAGAGGAACAACCUUGUGGUUGAGCUAAAUAAAGCUCAGUUGUUGAAAGUUGACUUAGAAUCACAAAAAUCAGCCAUUGAAAAGGAGAGAGAUUCUCAAAAGUCAGCCUUUGAAACAGAGAGAGCUUGCAUCCUUGCUGAGAAACUGGAAUUUUCCUUAAAAAAUAAGGAACUUCUUGAGGAAGUGAAUAAACUCAUUACAGAGAAAGAUGCUUUGAAAGCUGAGUUGAACAAAGUGCUGCUGGACCUGGAGGCUUUGAAAACAAAUGGCAGUGAAAUAAAGAUUCAGUUGAAGAAGGAAACCGAGAGCUGUGAGGCCUUAAGGAAGUCACUGACUAAGAAAGACGAAGAAAUCUCCAGGCUCACUGAUCAAAUUAAAAACUUGAAAGGUGAGCUUAAGUUGGUUGAUCAAGACUUGGUGGUGUCCAGGGAAAACCUCACAAACAAGCUCUCGGAAAUCAACAGUAUGAUGAUAGAGAAAAAUGAGUUGCAGAAAGACCUGUCAUCUGCCAAGAAAUCUGUAACAGAGUUGGAAAAAUCUAUACUUAACAAGGAGAAAAAAAUUGAAGAAUUGGGGAAACUCUUUAAAGAAAAUAGAGUGGAUUUAGACUCGCUCCGUGCAAAGUUAUAUAGUCACAGGAACUAUGGAGUAAAGAAGGAGGAGGAAUUGAAGGAAGUGAUUAAUCAAAAGGAGGUCCUGGAAUCUGAAGUUGGAGAACUGAAGAAUAAGUUAGCAGUCAGUAAAGAGGAAUUUGAAGUAGACAUAGCUAAUCUAAAGAAGGAAGUUGAUUACUGGAUGUCAUUUUCCACUAACAAGAAAAGUGCAGUUUUGCAGGGUUGUAAGGCACUGGAAACUGUGAAAAAGUGCAGCGAAACUGAAGGUGUGACUUCAAAUUCUGGUUCAAAAGUGCAGCCUUUACAGAUUAAGACCGUAAGGAUGACAGAGAAAGAUUGUCAGCCACAGAGUACUGGUGCCUCAGUGAGUCGACAGGAAUUGCAGAUGACCAAUGUCACACCUAAGGCCCUACAGUCACGUUCAAGAAGAGCUUCUUUUGAAAGGCCUCAGCUGGAGAGUAUGAAGGUUCGAAAAUCUCCAAGACUUCAUUCGCCACUUCUACGUUUUGACUCCAAGGAGUUGGGAGGGAAAGUUGUUGCAUCAGGAAAAUUGACGCCAGUUUCCUCCAAGAGAGACAGUCAAGUUGUUACUUCACGAAAAUCACCUCGUAUGCAGUCUGCCACAAGUACGUCUGAAGAAGGCGUCUCUUCAAAGAAACACAAACUCUCUGACAUAAGUGGGUCCAAGGCUCAGAGUGAAAAGCGCCAGUGCAUGAUGCCUUCUAACAUAAACAGACCAGAGGUAACUGUUCCUCUCAAGUCACUUGAUACAAACAGCCCCAAAGUGAGCAACACAAGGCAUGCCCGAAGACCAGCUCUUGGUGCGUCCCUUCCUAAAGCGACGAAGAACCCUGAUGAAUGCAAGACACAGUAGUGCCAUCUACCCAGUAUAUGCACUGCUACAAUAUAGUUGUAGUUUGCAGUGAAUCUUGACCUUAAUGUCUGUAUUAGCUUCAGUGACACGGGAGUUGAGAUAUUUACAGUAUAUUUUUAGGUUUGUGUGAUACCUUCCCUGAUUUUGUAGGUGCACAUUUUCCUUGGAAUGAAAAUCUCACAUCCUUAGGCAAAUGAGGUACUUACAAAUUUCCUGAGCCCAUGAAGGCUGUUAAAGUAAAACUGCCGAUUUGAUCAAUUUAGGGAGAAUUUUCAGUUUUGCUCAUAUGUGAAUCUAAUGUAAUACUAUAUACAUUUGUAGUGUUUUAGAUACUAGGAUGAAGAUUCACUUGUCAUACAAAUGUAUGUUAUACUUGAUGAUAGAUGCGCCUUAUGAAUUCUUUCCAGUUUGGUCUAGAUUCUAGUAAAAAAUUCAAAGAAUGAGAGGCCAACAUAUUGGAAGAAUAACAAGUUAAUUAUGUCAUAGGGUAUCAGUGGAAGUUAUUCUGUUUUUAUAAGACUGGCUACAGAUGUUAUUUUUUCAGGCAGGGACUAAAAAAUGUCUACAUUUUAGUCCUCUGGCUGAUAUCUAGUACCUCUGUAAAGACCUGUUCAAGAAUAAAGGUCUUAACUUUACUUUUUAGUUAUGAAAACUACAUAUUUUUCUAUUUAUUUUUUGUUUACUUUCUUUAUUCAGUACCCAGUACUGCAAGUACCUUGUAGUAGUGCUAUUACUUGCUGUAAGUUGCACUCUAAACUAGAAGAAAAUUAUUAUUUUUCUUAAUCAACUAUUGCUGUCUUGAAGUAAUUCUGUUUCUUGUGUAAAUAAUUUCAAUUAAUUUAGUAAUAAAAGAAAAAACCACCCAAA